AUGCUGCGAACCAUUCGGCGCAUCUGCGCCGCCAAGACCACGGCGGCGUGGUUCUCGACGGCGUCGGCCGCCGCAUCCACGAAGAAGAGGAAGUUUACAGAGAUGGUCAGCGCACUGCAUGAGUUCCACAAACAACAUGGACACUUUGUUGUGCCACCACGCUACGAACUCAGAUUAGUGCAGCAGGACACCAGCAGCACAACGUCGGGUACGACGUAUCCGCUCGGGCAAAAGCUCCAAGGUCUCAUUCGAAAGCUUGGACAGCUAUCGAUAUCCGAACGAGACCAGCUCGCGUCGAUUGCGUUCCCCAUAGAAUGGCAAACGUACUACCUUCGACACGCGGUCCUCCCUGCCCUUGCCACAUUUCAGCGGCGGUUUGGCCACCUUCGCGUGCCUCAGUCAUUUAUCGUACCACCUGGCGAUACACACAGCGACCACCCGUGGCCACCUCCAUGUGCUGGUCUUCGCCUUGGCCAUCGCGUAAACUACCUCCGCCAACACGCUGAUGAGUUGUCGAUCGACGACGUUGCUGCCCUCAAUGCACUCGGGUUCGUCUGGAACGCCCGCGCCGACCGGUUGCAUCAGUUCACCAUUCCUGCGCUCUUGAUCUUUCAUUCCAUCCACGGCCACUGGCACGUACCAGCGCAAUUCAUCAUCCCUUCCAGCGACCCAGACGGUGUCUGGCCCGCACACCUCCGCGGCUUCGCUCUCGGCACAGCCGUCAUGAGCUUGCGUAGCAACUUGGACGAUUCGGUCGCAUUCGCCGCCCUUGCCGCCGCUGGCAUUGACUUGACCCAGUCUAAAUCUGCCUUCAAGUGGUCCACCCAGGUCUUCCCCGCAAUUCAGGCGUUUGUCGAGUUGCAUGGCCACUGCGACAUUCCACAAGCAUUUGUCGUCCCAUGCGACGACAGAUCGUGGCCACAACCUACGUGGGGACUGCCACUUGGCCAUAUCGUCCGAGACAUCCGCCGCGGCCACCUCUACGCGCACGUUGUGGACAAACCAGCGUUGGACGCGGUCGGGUUUUUGUGGAGCACUGCAGAUAAGCUCCGUUUCCAAGUGCACCAGCGGGUUUUGCCGGCGCUGUCGACGUUUCGACGUGAAUUUGGCCACGCGUUCGUCCCUAGCGACUUUGUCGUGCCGGCCAAGGAGCCAUGGCCAGAGCUCGCGCACGGGUUUGCACUUGGUGGAUGGAUCGCCCGACGGCGAUCAGAUGCGACGGACCUUCCCCAUGAGAUGCGCUUUCUCCUCGACGAAGCGGGACUUAUAUGGCGCCGCUACGACGCGCGCUUCGACCAAGUCGUGCUGCCGGCGUUUCAAGCGUAUGCGGCAGUGCAUGGAAGCUGCGCAGAUAUGUCGACUGCAUUCAUCGUACCAAGCGAACCCCCCUGGCCCCGCACUGCAUGGGGACUCAAUCUCGGUGGAGCGUUGUGGCAUAUUCGAAAUGGCGAUUCGUUUGUCGGCGAUCUACGGAAGCGUCACGCCCUAAGCCAAUGCGGCGUACUCAAGUAGACGGCACGACUUUGCCUCGAAUCGACUCGUUGGUUGGCCGUGUGAAUGCUACAGCAGAUCGUUGCCAUCGCACUCCCUGACGACGCCGUCGGCGCGGACGGAGCCGUCGUUCGCCACAUUCAAAUCUAAUCCACACGCAGUACGUUAACUUCAACGACGACGACGACGUGCUUCCUCUCUAC